CUCGAGAUACGUCCUUGACGGUCGCAUCGUCGGGUCCUCACACAUCAUCCAUCUGUUUCAGUCCAUCUAUCUUCACCUUACUCUUCUACAAGCAUUCUUCCUCUACUUCUUUUCACGAACUACCCCGAACACCGCCAUGGCUGUCACUCGCAGUUUCACCGUUUUUAGAGACGAGCCCUCAGAGUCUUCUACGAAGCCUAAGAAAGCAUCCGUAGACGUUCUUUCUCCCGCCGACACUCCAUCCACCAAUGUCGUUCCCACAUCUCUCACCACUUCCGAGAAGGAGAACUUGCAUCCUGUGACUGGCCUUCGCACUACUUAUGCAUCGGACGCGCAGACAAAAAAGCGCAAGAACAGCGUCCUCGCCACUAAGCUUUUUGUGCCCCCGACUUCAAAAAAACAGAAGGAGUUCAGAGACCCAGAAUCCAAACCGGAGGCGAAGAAGCGCAAGGUCUCGUCCGCAACCGCCAAGACCAAGUCGGCUUCGAGCAGGAAGGAUGGCAAGGUCUCCUCCAGGAAGAAUGCAUCAGCGACCAGCUCAAAGCGUAGAGUGGCAGAGAUGCCCAAGGUCGACGAAGAGGAGGAGGUCGAGGCUGUCGAAGAACAGAAGGCUGAUGUAGAAGGAGAGACGGUUAAUCAGGCGAGUAUAGACGCAAAAUGUUACGACCUUACCGUUUCGCCCUUGGCGGAUGUAUCGAAAGCUUACGACGAAGUGGCUCUGUCUGGUGCAUCGGGAGUGUCGGCCAUCAAGUCUGACGACAAGAUUGUUGAGGCGACGUCGUUGCGCACAAAACCUUGCGCCGCUACCAUCUCGCCUAAAAAGUCUUCGUCCAAAGCUCAUCAGGUCAUGACAACUCCAGAACGGAGAAGCAUCUAUGCCAAUUUCACUUUUAGUUCUCCCUCUCCCUCUUCAAAACGCUUUGCCAGGUCUCGCGCUGGUAGCGUCGACAUGUUUGGCGACAUCGAAUUCAAGCCGACAUAAUGAUAUGAUUUUUCACACACUACAAGACUAAUUCGAUGAUACCAAGACAUCUUACGUGCCACACUUUUAUUUCUCGUCUCUUUUCCUAACCCUUGCCAAUUCCAUCUCGCCAUGCCCAGAAGGCCUCUGCACGUUACCCCAUCUACUGUUCACCACGCGCUUCCCUGAUCAACGGAACCACGCCGCACACCACCUUCAUCAUCGUCUGCAUCUCUGCAUACCAUUCACUGUUUAUAAUUGUAUCUAACCUUGUCUGUCUUCCUCCCCGAAUCUCCCCCUCUUACCGCUGCAUUGCUCCCACCUGUUUCCUCGUGCUAUGUCCUCACAUGUCACAAUCCACAUAGGCUUGUCAUUGGACUAGUACUCCACCGCAUGUGUAUCUCGCUAGCACCUGCAUCCACACCGAAUGUGACACUUAGUCGUUCUUCCGCUUC